GCCUUUAUAACUUUUAUUAUAAAUACUCCUCCUCUCAUCUUUCCAAACCCACAAAAAUUUACAAAAAUAUCAAAAUAUUCUCAAAAUUAGUUUACUUACAGACAGCGGAAUCAAGAGCUGUAGGGAGUGAGGAAUUAAAGUGUCCCCAUAAUAAAUUUUGCAGCUUAAACAUAUAAUAUAUAUGUGAAUAUAUAAUCGCGAAGUCUCGAUAAAGCUUUAUUCUCUGUGAUAUUCUCUAUGGAUUGUGGCUAGUGGCUACACAUCGAGUUUCUAUAAUCGAGGAUUUCUUCCUUGUUUCAAGAUCAUGCUAGAAGGUCCAACUUUCCUUGUUUCAAGAGAAUUACCAACUGCUUGUGAACAAGAAAGCAACUGGACUUACAAUGCCUUCUGUGUCACCUCACUUUCCAAGAGUAAGACUUCAAAGCCAUCCGAGGGCAAUUUAGUCAUUUCACACUCUGAACCCAACAAUUCAAACACUAAAAAACAACAAGACGCCAACAAUCAUUCAGAUUCCACUUCAUUAAUCAACCAAAUCGGCCUCGACCUCACAAUCAACUGCCUUUUACACAAUUCAAGAUCCGACUAUGGUUCAAUCGCCUCACUAAAUCGCAAAUUCCGAACCCUAAUUCGAAAUGGCGAACUUUAUAAACUUAGAAGAAAGAUGGGUAUAAUCGAACAUUGGAUUUACUUCUCAUGUAAUCUUUUCAAAUGGGAAGCUUUUGAUCCAAUCCGCCAUAGAUGGAUGCGAUUACCCACCAUGGACUGCAAUGAAUGCUUCAUGUGUUCAGAUAAAGAAUCAUUAGCAGUAGGCACCGAGCUUCUUGUAUUCGGAAAAGAAAUCGACACAAAUGUCGUUUACAAAUACAGCAUCUUAACAAAUUCAUGGUCACCGGGAAUCGAAACCACUACCCCUAGAUGUCUUUUCGCCUCCGCAAGUCUCAACGAAAUCGCCAUUGUCGCCGGCGGGUGUUCUCCGUCUGGUAAGAUCUUGAACUCAGCCGAGCUUUACAAUUCAGAAAUCGGGACAUGGGCGAGACUGAAUAGCAUGAAUAAACGAAGGAAAAUGUGUUCUGGGGUGUUUAUGGAUUCGAAAUUUUACGUAAUUGGUGGAGUUGACGAAAAUUUCAACGAACUUACGUGUGGGGAGGUUUACGAUUUGGAAACUAGGGUUUGGACUGUGAUUCCGGGUAUGUUUCCGGUGGCGGCCGGAAAGGAUGCGCCGGCGAUGAGUAAAGCUCCGCCUUUAGUGGCGGUUGUGAAGGAUGAAUUGUAUGCGGGGUUUUAUGAAGAACAGGAAGUGAGGAGAUAUGAUAAAGGGAGGAAUGUGUGGGUUAGGGUUGCGGGGUUGCCGGAAAAGGCGAGUUCUAUGAAUGGAUGGGGGCUUGCUUUUAGAGCUUGUGGUGAUGAGCUUAUUGUUAUCGGCGGGCCUAGGGCGGCGUAUGGCGGAAUGAUUGAAUUGAAUUCUUGGAGGCCCGAUGAAAGCCCGCCUGAAUGGAAUUUGCUUGCUAGAAAACCUUCUAGUGGAUUUGUUUAUAAUUGUGCGGUGAUGGGAUGUUAAAUUUCCGAAAUGUUUUUUUUUUUUUUUUUUUUUUUUUGUUAUUCAAAUCUAAGAAAAAUAAAUCUAACAUAAUUUUCUAAUUAUUUAUGAAGUUUUAAUCAAAUGCACGUUAUGCAUUUGGGAUGUGAUUUUUUUUAAUGAGUUGUGAUUUUGGACUAUAAUAUAUAUAUAAAAUAUCCAAUUUUAUUAUUUU